GCCCCCCUAGAGCUGCUGAUGCUGCUCCUGCUGCUCCCCAAAACCGCCCCCUCGCCCCCCUGCUUCUCCCUGCCGCCGGACCCCCCCUCCGAGCUGGAUUUGACCAACAGCAGCCAGGGGUGCCCCGAGUUGGACUGGAGCAUCUUCCGGGGGCAGCGGCGGUUGGUGCUGAGCCACAACGGCAUCGAGACCCUCAGCCCCUCAUCCCACCUCCAACCGGGGCUGGAGGACCUGGACCUGUCCCACAACCUCCUGAAGGACCUGCCCCCCAAGUUCCUCUCCGGCGCCGGGGGGCUACGGAGUCUGGACCUGUCCCACAACCAGCUGCAGGACCUGCCCCCCAAUUUCUUCUCCAACGCCACGGCCCUGAAGAUCCUACGGUUGGGGGGCAACCCCCUGCCCGCCGUGCCCCCCACCGCCUUCCAACCCACCCUCCGGGAGCUGGUGGUGCCCUGCGGCUGCCGGGUGGUGGGCAGCGUCCUGACCCCCUGCUCCUGCUCCCAACCCAACUGCAGCGUCCCCCAGUGCAGCUGCCUCACCUCCCACCUCCACACCUUCAACCUCACCCAUUUCCACGCCAGGGAAUGCCAAGGUGGCGUGGGGCUGGUGGCCGGCUUGGCCGGGGCCAUCGGUGGGGUGGUGGUGGUGGUGGGGGUGGUGGUCGCCGCCGUGAUGUGCUACCGGUGGAGGAAAUCGGCCACCGUCGCCACCGGAGCCGGGUGGGGUAAACGGGAGUCCGCUGCACCCCACGGACAACCCCGCUACAUCAGCCGGGCCGAGGAGAUGGAUGGCACCGAUGGCACCGAUGGCACCGUCAGCGCCGCCGCCGCGCCGGACUAUGAGAACAUCUUCGUGACCCCCUGCGCCGCCCCGGCCACUGCGCGGGGCUGGACACCGGGCUGGGAGGAGAAGAGGUACAGGUGA